UUAGACGUUUGAGGGACGCCUCCCGGUUGAGUCUAUUUACAUUAGGCCACUUUGAAUGGCUCUGAAAAUUGGUCAAUUACGCUCUAGCAUGGGAGAGGACCCUCCAGCUUUAAGAGGACUUGGGGGGCCCAUCAACUAACACACACUACUGACAGAGAUAAAAAGGAUUAAUAAAGGAUAUGGGAGGGACUUUUUCCGACCCGAUUCCAAACUACUUGGACACCGAAGGCUAUGUGUGCAUGGUAUUGAGGAGCUACGACAAAUUCCGUAUAAUCCAUGCCCCAAGGGACGUCAAAGAAAUGGUUUUACGCGUGAUUCGCGAAGUGUCCCAAGACAAUGACUUGGUCGGGACGGACAAGUUCGGAGCCAUCCAGUAUCGCCUGCCGGGAUCGCCAUUCACACUGAAUACGGGGCGAGAAAGUGCCACUAUUGGGAAACUGUUCGCGAUUAGGAUCUUUGAAGAGAUGAACCAUCUCGGAUACGACCUGGUGUGCUCGUCGGAUCUGUCCCGAGCCUACGAUCAAAGCUCCUGGUUCUUCAAGAAAGUGAUCCCAGAACGGAGCAGACAGCCUGUGCUUUGCGUAGCUCCGGGCAGCACGGACAAAUUGGUGAUCGUUCGGGGAUGUGACUAUGUGAUCGAGGCCAUCAAGAAGGCCAUUGAGCUGACCUGGCCUCCGGGCUUGCAGACCGAAAAAGUGGAAGAGUGCUACGGUGAAAAGUACUAUGAGUUCAAACUUCGAGGCAAUCCCUGGUACGGACAAGGGGACGAAUCUACGGCUUGCCGGCAACUUCUUCUCAACAUCAUUGGGGCAUUAGGUCAAGUCAAAUGGAGGCUCUUGGGGGCCACCAAUCUUAAAGGAGGGACAGAUUCAUUAUUCUUUGUUUAUGACGACAAUCAUUACCUUUGUUCUGAGGAACUGGCCAUGCUCAGUCUGAACCGAAACGACCGCAUCCGCCUGAUCAACUUCAAUCCCGAGCUGACCAACAUGGCCCGGGACGUUAUCCUGCGGUUUUACCAGACUAAAGAACCCGAACACCGAGAUUACUAUGGGGCGUCCGAACUGAAACUGAAAGGCUACCCGUUUGCAUCCAGUGGAUCGGACGCCAUUUUGACGCGACAGCUGAUUUGCCGCCUGCUGGAAGCUUUUAGAAAUCGGGGCUGGGAGGUACUGGCCACCAUCGAUAUCUCCCGAAAAGUCACGGAUAAGAGCGUGUUCCUGAUGCGGAAAUGCGAAUCGGCUAAGGUGAAGAUCGGAUGCGUCUCUCUGAGUGAUGUGGAUCGAAUUCGACUCUGCAACCUCCCCAAUCAAGUGGUCAAGGCAUUCAGGGAUGCCAUCGCCAAGAGCUAUCUCCCGGGUAUUGGCUUUGAAGAGGCUCGAGAUGGGUCUUGUUAUGAGAUGGAUCUCCAAGGCAUGCCCUGGACCCAAAACUCCUCGUAUAAUGUUCAUGCCCGGUCCAUGUUGACGUUUUUGCUGAAAGAGGCCUUCAAUUAUGGAUGGAGUCUCACUUGCUCAGCGGACGUGUCAGCCAAAUAUGUGCAUACGGAAAACGGACCAGAUUAUCCCAUUGAUGUCCACAGCUGGUUCUUGACUUUUCAAGGCAUGCCCAAGGGCGUGAGCCUCCCUGAAACAAGCUCGGCUCCCGUUUCGUAUGCUGAGCUGCGAGUUUCCGACCUCGAGGCCCCACCACCGCCUCCGACUUAUGAAGAAGCCAGACUCAAUUCCGCUUGAAACUACUUGUCUUUCUUGAAAUAGAAUCUAUAUGUCAAAAAUAAGAGCGGGUUCCAAGAUAUAUUUUAUGCUAGGGAAAUUCAACGGAAAGAACAAGAGGAAAUAAGUUGGUGUUAGAUUGAGAUUGUGAGUGUUCCAUUAACAUCAAAAUAUUAAAACCAUUCAC